AUGGAUACGCCAGAGGUAAAUCCCUCUAGGACAAUUGAGAAGUUUGUGCUUUGUGAAAUCCUGAAAGAUCCAUUUUUUGUUUUUAUCGUUAAGGAUGAGACGAAGGAUUUUCCUUACAGUAUUGAGAUCCAUGAGCAAGCAAGAAACAUGGUAAGUACCAAUGUUCUUCAAGUCCUCUCAAUUCCACCAUUCAUGCAACGAAAGAAUACCAAUAAUGCUUCUCCUCAAUUCAAGCUAAAAGUGAGAAAGUCCUAUAUGCUCCUCGGUAACUCAGAGGGCUUCAUUUAUGUCUACAAAUCUGAGAGCUUCAAUCCUCCGAAAUACCAUAUGGGAAACUACGACUUCAAAUUGCAGGCAACCAGAAAACAUUGCUGUCAACCACUUGUCGCCAAGCAUGGUUUGUCGAAAGUCAUAGACGAGGAAAUGUUUUUCCAAACUAGCUGCUUUGAGGAUGAGCCACUCUUCGAUAUUGUUGGAGAUUGGUUGGUUUAUUCUCCAACAAAGUACGAAUAUAACCUCAUUAAUGCUGUCAUCAAGAGCAGUAGCGAUAAGCCAAUGGUGGUGAAAAACGAUGAUGUUGAUCCUUUGGCAAUGCCGCGUGAAGAUGUGCUCUUGUCUAGCCCUGACAUGUUUACUCCUGUAAAGUUGCCGCCUCCUGGUCCAGUACUCAAUACCGUUUUGUCGACGCUAUCGAAAACAGCAUUGGACGGACUUUUCAAAAUUUCAGAGGCCAGUUCCAACAAGCUCAAAGAUUAUCUUAAUUCUGAGAAAACCCCUCCAGAACAAUCCAGUGGAGAAGAAAGAAACAUGGUUCAACAGCUCAAUUCUUUAGGAAAAUCGUUUGGCAAACUUCUUUAUUCUACAGCAAGCAGUACUGCGGCAACUAUCCACAAGAGUACAAUGCAUUUGGUUCCCAACGACAAUCAAUUGAUCAAGAUUGUUGACUUGAAAAGCGACAAGGUUAUGUGUCUUUUCAAACCGCCUGGAGGUGUUUCCAACCUUUCAAUUUCCCCUUAUGAUUUACAAAUGGUUCAUUCCAGUUACCGUGGUGAUCUAUUCUAUAUGUGGGACUUGUUCAAACUACCGAAGGAGGUAUCACUCACCGGCAAGUUUGUUCGAGGUAAAACAUCAGCUAGUGUCAAGAACAUAUUCUGGUUCAUCAACAACUACGAUGGAAAUAAUCUUAUCAAGGGGUUGAAUUCUGGAUUUGGAUGUAUUACAAAGUCGUCUGGGUCUAUCCAUUGGUACAACAUCAAUUACCUUCUGGGAAACUCCAACAAUAACUAUCCUAACAGAUUGAGAACUACGGGGGCUGAGGUUACAAAAAAUACAAGCAAAAGUGCAUUUAUUGAUUCGUGGAUACUAUCAGAGCAUGCCUCAAAGUUUCUAACAGUUCCGAACGCUGCUGACAUGCUAGACUGUAAUGCUUCACCUCAUGAGGUUGGACAGAUGGCGGUGAUCGAUGAUAUGAAUACUCUCAAGUUGAUAUCUCCUUUGAACGGAAGCUAUUUGUUCAAAUAUGAACUUCCUAUGGUUCCUGUUGAUUCAUCUGCUGUUCCGACAACGCUGCCAAUUGCAUUGCCUACUGAAACAGAUAAGGCUACUGAUGCUCCAUUAUCGCAGUCUGAGAUUGAAACUUGUGGACCAUAUUUGAAUCUCAUCUCCAACAAAAAUGUGGAGUUGGCUACGUAUGAUUUUGACAACGAUGGUGUGGAAGACUUUGACCAGUUACAAAGCUUGUUCAAGACGAUCGGUCCUGAAAUUCCUACUCGAGAUAUUCAUUUCGAUAAACAUGAACAAGAUGCAAUUGACGAACAAGAAGCAACUGUUCUCGCAGACGAGAUCCAUGAGGGACUCGUGUUCAACGAGGAAAAUGUGGAGAGGUUGGAGACUUAA